AUGUCUAAUCACAGAUAUGGACUUCAAUUUAACAUUACGACUAGUAAUUUGCACCUUCUCUUGUGUAUUCUACUCGCUGGUGAUAUAGCAACUAAUCCUGGACCUGUCUGCAAUUCUUCAUCUCUUGGAUUAAAAGUUCUGUAUUUUAAUGCUAGAAGUCUAAAAGCACUUGUUCAUCCAACUGGGGACAACUCGGUAAAAAUUUGUAAAAUCUCGUUGCUGCAACAAUUGACAUAUAGCGGUAAUUACGACGUUGUAUGUGUAUGCGAGACUUGGUUAAACAAUUCAAUCUUAAGCAGUGAAAUCUUGACUAAUUAUGGAUCUGUCUUUCGUUGUGACAGAGUUGGCAGAAUUGGUGGUGGUGUUCUUGUUGCUGUGAAGACUGGUAUACAAGUUACCCGUCGACAUGACCUGGAACCUGAAAACACCGAAAUUGUCGUUAUUGAAAUGUUGAAACCAAACAGCAAACCAGUUGUACUUUAUACGUUCUACCGUCCUCCAAACUCUACGCCUGAUGUUCUUCAGUCAUUAAAUAACUCCCUUCAAAGAGAUUCGGAAUCCAGCCGUGUUGUAGUGAUAGGAGACUUUAAUCUACCAUCUGUUAAAUGGUCCUCUGAUCAACAUACCCCCAUUAACAUCGGAAGUUCUCCUGAGAAUGAAGCUUUCUGCGAAUUAGUCGAAGACAAUUUCCUACAACAAUUCAUACUUAGCCCUACACACAUCGCUGGCAAUAUACUCGACCUGCUGUUAUGUAACACUCCCAACAUUAUUGGUGACGUUUCCCUAUCCCAUCCUGAGUCUUGUGGUUUUCCUACAGAUCAUUACAUCGUAGAACUUGAAAUUCAUCUUAAGUUCAAAAAAGCCACGCCAGUUAAGCGCCAGGUUUUCGAUUACAAAAACGGAAACUUCGAUGGUCUGCGUAAUUUUCUUACACAAUUUCCUAUAAGUAUUGUUCCAACAAAUAAUAUUGAUGACUGCUGGCAACAAUGGAAAUAUGCUUUCCUGACUGCAGUGAAGAGGUAUGUGCCAAUGAAAACGGUCAAAGACAUCAACACUCCCCCAUGGGUGGAUAAAGAAGUACGCAAUUUAAUCAGCAGAAAAUACAAAGCACUGAAAAAAUACCGUAUGAACAAAACAAUUACUCGAAAGAGUAAACUACGAGCUCUUACUCAACGAAUAAAGUACUUAAUCAGAUGCAAACACCGAGAAUACCUUUCUAAAUAGAAAAUUCCUUUGGUGACAACCCUAAACUGUUCUGGUCCUACCACAAAGCCAUCCUACAUCACAGGAAACGUCAAAAUAAUGAGAUUACCUACAAUGGUGUCACAGCUAAAACUGCCAAGGAAAAGGCGACACUUUUCAACUCUUACUUUUCUUCGGUAUUCCAUCCAUCCUCAACUCGUUCAGCCCCUAGUGAUUACCCAGAUUCUUUGGAAUCAGAGGGACAAAUUUCCGAGAUAACACUCGAUGUUGAUGAAAUUUCACAAUGUUUGAGCUACCUUGAUACUUCGAAAGCAACCGGCCCCGAUGGUAUUCCAUCUCGACUUUUGCAAGCAUGUAGUCUCGAAAUCGCACCAAGCAUCUGUGAACUGUUCAACCAUUCUCUGCAUAGUGGUCAUAUUCCAUCUGAGUGGAAAUCCGCUAAU